GCCAAGGCACGCAUACACACACACGCGCGCCUGCGCUCUGACGCCACCCCACCACACCACACCGGGGAAGGAAGGGAGGAAGGAACCUGCUCCGCUCCAUCCAUGGCGUCCCACGCGAUGCGCCUCCUCCUGCUCCUCGCGCUGGCCGCCGCGCUCGCCGGCCGCUCCGCAGCAGAGGGGGCGUGGUGCGUGUGCCGCACGGACCUGCCGGACGCGACGCUGCAGAGGACGCUGGACUACGCGUGCGGCAGCGCCGCCGCCGCCGACUGCAAGCCCAUCCAGCCCAACGCCGCCUGCUUCGCCCCCGACAACGUCAAGGCGCACUGCUCCUACGCCGUCAACAGCUUCUAUCAGCGCAGCGGCCAGAACCCGCUCGCCUGCGUCUUCUCCGGCACCGCCGUGGUCUCCUCCACCGACCCAAGCACCAACGGCUGCAAGUACCCUGCAAGUGCAACCCCAAGCCCGCCGCCGCAAAUGGCGCAAGGUCCGAACGGCCCCCUGAAGGACACCAGCGGCGGCACCGGCGUUCUGCCAGAGGCGCCACAGGCCCCGGUGUUCCAUCCGCAACCCUGAAAUUAAUUCGGCAGUGUCAAGCGGACUAGCAGUUGCAAGUACCUUACUAGUUGCUUUGAUUUUCUUCCUUAUGGCUUGAUUUCAGCCUGGUAUAUUGGUUCAUGUACGAACUGGGAUAUUGGUUCAUGGAGUACGGGACUAUUUUGUACUUCAUUGAAGUACCGAUUAGAUUAAAGGUGAAUGAAUUACUCAAACCCCCUUGCUAUAUAUAGUUGAGGUGGACCUUCACUCAA